AAAUGUCAUAUGUCUACAAUCUACAUAGAGAUUUGGUUUAGUUAAUUAUUUAUAAGAUUAAUCUGCGCAGGUAAUACUGGUACGGCACAGGUCAAGUAGAGGUAAAUUGCAACAAGUUCAAAUUAAGAAAAUAUGUCUGGAGAGAAAAAGAAAGCCCUAUUUAUUUGCCUUGGUAAUAUAUGUAGAUCACCCAUAGCAGAAGGUGUGUUUCAAAAAACUGUAAAUGAUUUAAAUAAAGGGAGUGAAUGGGAAAUCGAUAGUGCAGCUAUCGGUGGUUGGCAUGUUGGAAAUCCACCAGAUUGGAGAGCUCUAGAUACUUUGAAGAAGCACAAUGUACCUUACAACAACCAUGCUAGACAGUUGAUAAAGGAAGAUUUCAAUAAAUAUGAUUAUAUUUUUGGAAUGGAUGAUGAGAACAUGAAAUCCCUAAACUCAAAAGCUCCUCAAGGUUGCAGGGCUAAACUUCUUCUCUUUGGAAGUUUUGAUCCUGAAGGUGACAGAAUUAUAAGGGAUCCAUAUUAUGAUAGUGACUCAGCCGGGUUUGAAAAGUGUUACCAGCAAUCAAUAAGAUGUUCAAAUGGGUUUUUAGAACAAUUAGAAAGGGGAAAUGUUCAGUAAUUAUAAACUUUUAUUAAACAUUAGGACAUUAUUAAUACAAUAAACUAUUUCUCUGGCAUUGUAAUUUUAGACUUUGACAACUAUUUUAUAUUUUUUGUAAAAUUUUUGCCCAUCAGUUCCUUCAUUUAUGGGCAUUUCUGGUGUUUCUGGGAAAUUUAUAAUAAGACAACUUUUAAGAUUGCUUCCAUAUCUUGACUGAAUAUCCUUGCGUACAAAGAAGUCCACCAACCAUAAAAAUGUAUCAUCACUGGAAGUUUUAGCAACUGCUUUAAGGCAAAAUAAAUCUUUUUGGCUUAAAUA